CCCGUCCUCGGCAGUCACUCCAGCAACGCGUACUGCUGAAGUUGCACACCUGCAAAGCGGAAUUAGCAGCUCGGCGCUUCAAAUUUGGCAGCAUACAUGCGUUUCUGUUCGUCCUUCCUCCUCCCCGUUCGGCGAUAUCACAGAAUUUAUUUGAGCCGCAAGCCAUCGUCGAUGUAAACAUCUUGCUCUUGAACAACUUUUUGUUUUUAUUUUCUAACGAAGACCCAACCGUAUCCAGCCUCGUCCAGACGACCUGCGGGAGGGUAUUUGGAGAGCGAUGCCUUCUAUGCGACAGUCCUACACUGUCACCGUGUUGGCGGACCCGCCGGCCGCCGCGUUCCCCUUCCACAAGCACGACAUGCGGCGCAAGAGUCAUGCGUUACCGCGCUCCAUGCUGAUGUCCACCUUCAUGGGUUUGCUGAUCAAUCAAGCCAAGAACAAGAAUCCUCAAGGCCUGGUAGGACUGCGGAACCUGGGCAACACUUGUUUCAUGAACUCCAUUCUCCAAUGUCUGAGUAAUACACUAGAGCUGAGGGACUACUGCUUGAGAAACACACAUCGCACCGAUCUCAACAACAACUGCAGAACAACCACCCUCAUGGAGGAGUUUGCAAAGCUCACUCAGACCCUGUGGACGUCUGUAAACAAUGAGGCCAUCAGUCCCUCGGAUUUCAAGACCCAGAUCCAGAAAUAUGCUCCCAAAUUUGUCGGCUACAGCCAGCAAGAUGCCCAAGAGUUUUUGCGGUUCCUAUUAGAUGGUCUCCAUAAUGAGGUCAACAGAGUGUCGGUGUGUCCCAUAGCGUCAGUGGAAGACUUUGACCACCUCUCGGACGAGGAGAAAGGCAAGAAGAUGUGGAAUAAAUACCUGCAGAGAGAGGACAGCAAAGUGAUUGAUCUGUUUGUCGGCCAGCUGAAGAGCUCUCUGACCUGCACCGAGUGUGGCUCUUGCUCUACUGUGUUUGAUCCAUUCUGGGACCUGUCUUUACCCAUUGCACAGAAGAAUUCAGCAGAGGUGACUCUGACAGAGUGCAUGAGACUCUUUACCAGAGCAGACGUGUUGGACGGAGAGGAGAGACCAACAUGCAACAAGUGUUCGGCCAAAACAAAAUGCAUCAAAAGAUUCACCGUCCAGAAGUUUCCUCAGAUUCUCGUGCUCCACCUGAAGCGUUUCAAAGAGUCCCACGUUCGAGCCAACAAGGUGUCGGCAUUUGUCAGGUUCCCUCUCAAAGAGCUUGACCUCAGUGAAUUCGCUUCAGAGGGCAGUGCACACGCAGUGUAUAACCUAUAUGCAGUGUCCAACCACUCGGGAAACAGUUUGGGGGGCCACUACACAGCCUUCUGCAGGAACACAGCCCUGGGGGAGUGGUUUAGCUACAAUGACUCAAGAGUGAGCCCCGUGUCCACCAGCCAGGUGUGCAGCAGUGAUGCCUAUGUGCUGUUCUAUGAGUUGGCUGCCAACUAUCAAGUACGACACCAGACCUACAGACUUUAGACCCUGUGGAAGAAGUGUCCCAGGUGCCGAGCUGUGUACUAAACUGGGCCUAAGAAACUGGGCCCGCUCUGAGAGAGCUACGCUUUGCAGACUUCUCGUGUAGUAGGCCCCAGCAGAGUGGACUCUGUAUGGACAGCAGGGGCUAUCCGGUUAACACUGCAGCUAGUUAUGCUGAGAUGUUUUUUCACGAGACAGUCUUCUGCCAUUCCAUUUGACAGAAAAGGGAUGGAAAGACUUUGUGUGUGUGUGUGUGUGUGUGUGUGUGUGUGUGUGUGUGUGUGUGUGUGUGUGUGUGUGUGUGUGUGUGUGUGUGUGUGUGUCCUUGCAGGUGCAUUUAUAUGCAUGUCUCAUGUCAAGGCCAUCAAUGAGGACACCUUUACAUGCAAUUUGAAAAUGGAUUAAUGAAGUUUAUUAUUUUGCCUUUUUUGCUGCGGACACUUGAAAAGCCCACGACACUAGGUUGUAAAUUAUUCUAUUUAAUCUGAUGCCUUCGCUCUUGUGACUUUAGUGUCUAGUGCCAUCCAGUGGCAGGAAUGGAUGACUGCUCAGAGGAGCACUGUCUUCCUCCAAAAACGGUGUAAAUACAAGAAAACACAAGAUGGUGACACUCUUAGUCUGUACAUUUUAUUUUUGUACCGAUCAAAGAAACUGUUGAAUGUAACUGCAUUGUGGCACCACCAGUCAUAGCAAAUCAUCUCUAUAGAGAUGUGUUAACAAUAAUGUAGUACUUAAUUUACUGUCUAUAAAUUAAUAAAAAAAAGUCA